GUAGCAUCGCUUACAGAUGGGUCACUACUUUCUGUCAUCUCUUUGGGCUGCGUUAUGGCAUUCGCGACUUUCGGUAACAUUUUGGUUCUGCUUGCCGUGUACCGCACGAAACGUUUGCGAACAACAGCUGCCAUUCUGGUGGUAAACUUGGCAAUCGUAGACCUUUCAAUCACAAUCACAGUGGUGCCGUUUGUGAUGGCCACAGCUGUAACUCAAAAGUGGAUAUUACCUUGGGUGAUCUGCAAGCUUACGGGUUUCAUAAACGCUUUCUUGACCGCGGGUCAAAUCAUGGCUUUGGUGCAUAUCAGUAUUAACAGAUAUAUAGCAGUUGCAUUACCGCACUCUUACGAAACAAAGUGCACCAAACAGGCAACUAUUUUCUCUGUAGUGUUAAGUUGGCUAUAUUCUCUCAUUUGGACCUUAAUGCCUUUCUUUGGAUGGGGAAAGCUUGGAUUUAUCCACGGCACUCUGUUUUGCAACAUUUUGUGGUCUGAGGAAAUUGCUUAUGCGAUUACAGUUCAAGUAAUGUGCUACUUCCUACCUUGUAUAAUUGGAGGGAUUCUUUACCUAAACGUUUACCGACUCGUAAGACUGCAGGGAAAGAAAGUUUUUGAGACAGCUACGAGUAUAGAAUUGACGAAAAAUGGGUCAGGCAAAGAAAGUACGGAGUCAAACUUUAACACUGUCACAGCAAGCCCAUCUGGCGCAAUUUCGUUUCAUAAUCUUGCUGUUUCAAGGGAUGACAUCACCGAGUCAGGGUUCACUGAUGAUAACCGCAAUGCUCAGGUCGCUCAGACAUGUGCUGCUGCCUCGAGACGAGGUAGACGGCGGAAAGCCAUGGAAGCAAGGGUAACUAGAACGCUUUUAGCCGUCGUCAUAGCUUUUGUAUUCUGUUGGAUCCCGCGUGGAAUCGCGAAUGUUUGGGCGAUCUUCGCUAGUCGUGAAGAUGUCCCGCGCGCGCUUGAGUACAUUUCAACAGUUUUUGUUUUUCUUAACGGAGCGGUGAAUCCUGUUUUGUACGCCGCGUUUCACCAAGAUUUUAAGCACGCAUUCAUCAGGAUUCUUUGGUGCCAUAAGCCAAAGACGAAGAGCAACCGAAACGGAACUAUUACUAAUGCAAGUGUUUCUUGA